UAAUGCAAACGAUGAGGAAAUCGUUUCAAUUGAAAAAGAUAUUAUCACUGAAUUACCAAUAAAUGAAACAAUUGUUGAACCAAUUUUAACAAAUAAAUUCGAUGACGACGUGCCCGAUACACCAACAAAUGAUACGAGUGUCAGUGAAACAAUCACCGAUAGAACUGUUAUUGAAGUCGCACCAUUGAAUUUUGAAUCAAAAAAUGACGAAUUGAAUACAUACGACUCGACUCAAAUCGAUGAAUCAAAUUCGGACACAAAAUCAAAUGACACACAAGCUGAUUCAAUACCCACAGUUGUGGAACCAAUUGAAGAGCAAAAUACAACCAAUGACAAUGUAAUUAAAUCGAUUGAACCCAUCAAUUUACCGUUAGAACAAGUGAAGCAAAUGGAUCGUUUGCGAACACCUGAAAGUGAUUCGGGCCUAUCGGAAAAAUCAUUCAAUCUCAAUAUACAAGAAAAUGAAGAAGCCGUUACCAAUGAAGUGAAUGAAGCCAAAGCUAAUAUGUACAUUGAACCAGAGAAUGUGUUGCAUGCGAAAAACAAUGAAUUUGAUACAACUUCUAAGGACGAUUCAGGCAUCGUCGACAUCGAUGAACAUCAAAAUAAUUUUGAUUCGAAUAAUGAACAUGAAGUGUCAUCCAACUUGAAAGAAAACCAAAAUGAAGGGAAAAAAGACAGUGGAAUUGAAACUAAACGAAACGAUUUAACUAUUGAAGAACCUCGACAUAUUUCAAAUGCAACAAAUGAUGCUGCAAAAGAAAAAUUGAUUGCAAAUAUUUCGGAAAUGGAAUUGAAUACAAAUAAGAACCAACAAGAAAAUGCUUUGGUGAGUGAAAAUACCAUCGAAACAGAGAAGGACGUAGUAAACAUUGAACCCACAGAGAAGCGCCAACAAUUUGACCUUUCGAAGAAGCCAGAAGAUUCUAUAUUGCCAUCGAUGUCUGAUGAUAAAACUGCAACAAUUGAGGCAAAAAUUGUGGAUCAACUAGAAAAUAAGGAGCCGUCAAAGGAUGAUGAGGUUGUUUCAGAAUCUGAUUCGAAGCCAUUGCCGCCAAUCGAUAGUGAUUCAAAAGGUGAGACUUUAAUCGAAAAUAAAAACGAAAAGGACGAGGUCGAUGAAGUGAAGAAUUCUGCGUUAGGGCUCGAAAGUACAAAUUUACCUGAACAAACAAGUGACCAAAAACAGUCUAAAGCCGCACAAUCUACGCCAGAAAAUGUUGUAUCAAAAGAAACAAAUGAAGAAUCUAUGGAAAAAUCCACUUUGGAUUCAAAGGAAGCGCCGAAUCAAGAAAAUACAACUAAAACAGAGAAAAAACCGAAUCAAACUGAGGAAGUGCCAAGUCAAAGUGAGCUAAAUGCUGAAGAAAAUUCAUUGAAAGAAAAACCAAAAAAAGAUCUCACAGGAAAUUUAUUGAAUGAACCCGAUACAAAUGAAGAAAUAAAAAAGGAAAAUGUUAAUACAAAUGAAUCAACUAUUCAAACCGACGAUCAACCAAAUGUUAAUAAAUCGAUUGAAAUCCUAUCCAUUGAAAGCAAGUCUCAAGAAUGUAGUGAGCCAAUCGAUGAGAAGAUGGAUCAAAACCAGCUCAACACAACUGUGACCCAAAAUAAAUCAUCAACCGAAGAAAACAAUGGAUCAGCCGAAAUGGUAGCCAAAAUCGAAACAGGCCAACAGUCCCAAGGUCCAGUCGAAAACAUUGAUGAAAAAUCAAGUCAAAACCCAAUCGAUGAGACGAUUUCCUUAAAAUCGAUUCCUCUUUUGGCGAAAACAAUUUCAAACGCGGAUGAUCACAAUGAAACAAAACCAAAGGAGUUGUCUGAAACAAUAGUUGGAGAAAAUGCACCAGAAGAAGACAAAAAUACCAUGGAUCAGCCUGAAAUUGACUCAAAUUCAGUUAAAUCUGUGAUGAGCAAAGAUUUUGAUAGCAAGAGUGAUAACGAAGAGUCAUCGGGAAAUUUAAUGGAAGGUGAAAACAGUAAAAGAAACAAACGUCAAGCACCCACUUUAGAUGACGUCUCUGAUCAAACGGAAAAGAUCGAGAAAAUGCCAACCGACGCAGUGGUGGAAAAGGGAGAACGAAUGCCAGAUACAAUGGGUUUAAGUUAUAGUAUUGCCAAAUCGGAAGUAGACACAAGUGAUAAUGCCAAAAAUGAAGAAGAUUUAAAAAGAACAUUUCUUGAACCGGAAAAGCAUGCUGAACAAAUCGAUGGAAAAUCAAAUGAAACACAAAAUAAAGACACGCCAAUGGAAAAUAACAAUCAAAGUGAAUCUGAAGCAAUUGAAAUGGCACAGGAUGUUCAAGAAAUUGUUCAAAAUUCAGUUAGAAUACCGAGCGUCACUGCAAAUGAAGAAAAAAUUACACUCGAAGAAAAUGCAAAUAAUAAUGAAAAUCAACCAGAAAUAGUUGCAUCAGACGCAACAAUAUCACUUGAAAGUGAACCGAUUUCAAUUCCAAUAAAUGAGAAUAAUAACAACAAAGAUAUUGAAGAAUCAAUUGAACCAUUAAACAACGAUGACAAAAGUUGGAAAAAAGUAAAUGAUAAGGUUGUCGAAAAAGUUACCGACCAAGAUGCGAAUCAAACAGAAGGUUCUGUAUCGCCUUUAUCUGCCGAUACUUCGCAAAAUCUCAUUGACGAUAUCGCGGCUCCAAAGCCUGCAAUCCAAACUGCCGAGGGUAAAGAAAGCGAGAAAAGUUUGGCAACUGACUCAAAUGAAGCGGUACAUUCAACCGAUGUCAAGAAAAUUAUUGAAAACAACCAGAUUGAAGACAAGCUAACUGAACAUGAAGAGGAAAAUGAUAAGACGAAGGUUGAUUUACCAGUUAAAAGUGAAGUUUAUGUGAAUAAAGGUCCAAAUGAAAUUGUGGCAGAAAGUGUAAAAGAAAAUUUCGAUGAAACUAAAUCGAUUCAAGGGAAUGAGUCAAAUGAAUUUUUUUUAGAUGAGCCAAUGAAAAAUGAGAACUCACAAGCUAUCGACGACAUAAAAAAUAAAGAAGAAAAAUCAGCAUCGCUUGAUGCCAACAAAAUUGUUGUAAAAAAUGAAAACGAAAAUAAAUCUGAAAAUGGCAAGCCAUCAAAUGAAAAUGACAGCCGUCACCACAGCGUGACUGAAAACGAUCAAGUAAAACAAGAGGAUCGUAACGAAAGUGAUCAAUUAGAAGCGAAAUUGGAUUUAACUACGAACGAUGAAACAGAUGAUGUUUAUAGUACACCGCCCGACACAGCAAAUAACGACCGAAGUUCGGUAUCACACGAUCAAAGUGUCGAAAUUGAUACAAAACGCAAGUUGAACGAAAAUACAUCGAAUGGCGAAAAAAGUGAGGAAAAUAUGAAAAUCAAUGAAAAUAAAGAGGGCAUUAUUGAAAAAACCAAGCUCGAUUCACCAAACUUGGAAGAAAGCAAUUUGGUUGAUGAGGUCAAGCUAAAUCCAAUUAUGAAUGCAACGAAUUCAGAAGGUGUGAAUAAAAACAGCAUCGAAAUGAGUACAAUGCCAGCGGAAGAAGCGAGCGUCGACGAGACUGAUAGUAAAAUUACAAAGAAUGGUAACAGUACUGAAAAUGUAAAUAUUGUAGACGAGAAUAAAAAUUUCGAAAAUUUAAGUGUUGACAAAAAAACAGCAAACGAAAUUGAUCACGCGUCUGAUUGCGAAAUGAAAACCAAUAACGAAGAUGUGGCCAGUGAACUGAGUGCAUCGGCUAGAGAUGAAUACGAACAGGCUGAAACUGAGGCCAUUGGCGAUGAGAGCGUUAAAGAUUUGGAUUUAUCAUCGAAUCUCGAUUUAGAGCCAAAUCAAGCAAAUGAAAGUGCUGAAUCAGAGCAACAGAUAACUGCCGUUGAAAUUCAACUACACAAUGAUAAUGAUAGCAUUGAUUCACCACAACAAAAUCAAAUGCAACCCGAUUCAUUGGAUAUAUUGAUCGAUUCACUUGAUGCGUCAUUGGAACCAUCUGUCGACGCUGAUUCACUUAACAUCGACUCAUUGAACGAUAAACCAAGAUCGGCAAAAAGCACCGACACUGGAAAACGCAAAGAUUCCAUUGAUGGUAUCAUUGAGGAGGAUGCAUGUCUAAAUUAUGGAACACACGACAAAAUGGAAAAACAACCAUCGGAACAAAGGGCGUCUGAUAACUCAAAUAAAUCGUUCCUAUUGGAAGUUCCAAAGGUGAAACUAAACUCAUUGGAGGAACGAAAACAAAUCGAAUCACCGGAAGAAAUAGCAAUGGGUGAUGCGGUAUUAGACAACGAUCAAAUGCGAAAUGAAUUGGAAGUUUUGCGACUUGCCGAAAAUUCUGCUCCAAUGCCGAAAGUUCAAGAAGUCGAUUCUCCAGUGGUUCCAGAACAAAAUCAAACUAUGAGCAUUACAGCCUCUGAUAAUGAUGAACCACAUAAAAAGAGUGUAAGCGAACCGAAUUCCGAACAAUGUCAAAAAGAUGUUAAAAACGAAAAUAAAUCUGAAGAAGAUUACAACGAACAGAUUGAAGAGACAACUGAUGUACAAACAAAAGAUCAAGCCACAAGCAUAACAGAAAGCUCAAAUGAAACUAAUUCAAAUGGAAUAACCGAAGAUCAAACCGAGCAAAGUUUCGAUUUAAAUUCCACAACAAACGAUUCAUCGGAGAAUCAAACGACAUCCGAUGAAAUUGUUGAAGUUGUUGAAGUGGUCGAAGUGGUGGAAAUUGUCGAAAAAAUUAAAUGUGUUGAUUAUUUAAAACCAUCACAUGAUACACAGAGCAGUGAUUUAUCCGAUACAGAUACAACUGAUAAAGCCGAAGAAAAAGCAUACACCGAAUCGGGUGUGGAUGAAACGUCACGCGAUGAACGCGAUGAAGUGUCCGAAAUUGAGAAUUUCGAUUUAUCGUCAUGUGGCGAAGAUUCACUAGAGGCCAUGUAUUAUAUGAUUCGUAAAAAUGAGAUCAUAAUGGAUCGGCACAAGCAAACCGGUGCCAAAAAAUGCGACGAUGAAAAAAUAACAUUCCCCGAAAAGGUGACGUAUGAUUUGGAACAUGCGGUGUCUGAGGUGUCUGGUAAUAAGAGUAAAUUAUGUUCAAUACCAUCAAUGAAUAGUUUCGAUGAAGUUGUAUUGAAGAAAAUGUCGAGCGACAGUGAUGAGAUUCAAUUGCAUGUAAUUCCAAAUGACAUGAGCAGCAGUGAUCAAAAAUCAUGCCCAUUAAAAGAACAAUGUACGGCCAAUGAGUCGACCGAUGACGAAUAUAUAAAUCCAAUUGUUGAUUCAAUGCAAAAAAAUGAAGACGCCUUAAAUGAAAUGCAUGCCAAAGCUUUAAGUGUACAACCGAAUCGUAGCGAUACACAGUGCGAUGGUGACGAUCAACAAUUUGAAACCGAUACAUUUAAUGAGCAUUCAAUCGAUAUGGAUCCGGGUAAUAUUGAACGAAAAAUACUUGCGUCAUCUGUGUCUGAAGCCGAUUCGGAUUAUUUUGAAUUGCCGCCGAAUGCCAACAAUCGUUUAACAAAAGAUGAUUUCAAUGUGAGCACAGCUUUUGAGCAUAUGAUUCGAAGCGAAUCAACAACCGACGAUUCAGAUUCGAUUGAAAGUGCAGCAACAAAAAUACAAGCCGGUGCAAGAGGUUUUCUAGCAAGGCGUCGCAUUCGAAAAUCGGCUUCAAAUGAAAAACGGUCAUCGAUUGGUAAUGCUGCAAUCGAUAAAUCACUUGAUAAUUUAAUUGAACAACAAGAAUUGUUGGAAGAAAAUGCAUACAUUGAAAGUAUUGAAGAAAAUUCACCACAGAGCGAUACAUUUAAUAAUAAAACGUUUGACAGUAUUGACAGUGAGAAAAUACUCGGAAUAACAGAAGUCAAGGUUGAACACCGUAAGGAUGAACCACAUACAGAUGACACCGGAAGUUUGGACAACGUAAGCAAUGACGAAAAAGUUCCAGAAAUAAAUAUUCAGGGCACAUCCGAAGAGAGUGCUACUCAACAACGACGGGCAAUGUUACAGCGCGGUGACGCAAUGCAACGCAAUUCAACACCCGAAUCAUCCGAACAACAAAUUGACAAAGAAAAAUUAAAUACAGAGCCAACAAAUAAAGAGGAAAACAACAAUCAGGACGAACAAAAAAUACAUGACAACGAUACAAAAAUAGACGCUCCUUUGGCAAACGCCUCCAAACCAUUAAAUAAACCAAUGAGAGGACUUGGUCCACGACAACGUUCGAUGCCAGUUCAGAUUGAUUCUCAAUUGAUGCGAGUCUUACCCAAACACAAAAAAAAGCGCAUCAAGAGCGCCAAUUCGAAUACGAAAAAUUUACGACCAUUUUUCUUUUAAUUGAAUUCAAUUGAUCUUUAGGACCGUAGAUGUCAAGUUUUAGUAGCUUUUAAUCAUACACACACACACACACACACAACAAAAAAACAUUACUAUGUGCGUAGAAAAAAUAUAUUUUAUAAUCAUACUCA